AUGUCUGGAUAUUUAAACCCGAAUUAUCCGCCGGAUUCAUUUCACGUCAAGCGAAAGCCCGUGUCAAAUCCGAACUUGCGAGCUACGGCGUAUGCCGAUCAGCGGGAAGCAACAAGCUAUGCCAGUACCCCAUCUCUUGUGCAACCCCCAUCAUCACAGCCCCCAUCAUAUACGGACCUUUAUGGACCACCUCCCAGGCCUGCAAGUCCACUGCCACGACCACGAACAGCAGGGCCAACUUCAUCUCCAACCCCUCCACCGCCAACACCUGUUCAAAAGGCAUAUAGUGAAGCUCGGCAUUUUCUCACUGGUCUAAUCAAUCGUCCAACGGAAUCAAACAAACAUGUCACUAUUUUGCGACAUUCCCAUGGACUGGUCUUCUACCGCGGACCGACUACAUCAGUUGCUAUAUCAAUCUUCUCUGAUGCCCCCUUACCACCUGACCACACUUUGUGGUUACAGAGCAAAGGUUGGAGCGGGAAGACCGGAAUGCAAUUCAAGUCGUUCCUCCGCUUGCGAGAUAGCUGGCUGGACGUGACCCCAGGCAUGCCAUUGAGGGCCGACCAGGUAACUCCGGAUGAUGAACGAGCUUGGCAACGUGAUAUCAAGAAAUUUCGAAAGAAGGCCCCGCCUCGUCCGCGCGAUACACAUCAAUUACGCGAGACUGCCGUUGUGCGGAUUCCCGCCGAAGCAGGCGAUGGUUAUUUUCAGUUAGUUCUCUGCCAGGGACUCAAGAAGAAGGUGCUUGGCAAUAGCCCCGUCUUCCGUGUGAUCUCUACAUCCACCGCCCCCAGCUCUAUCCGUGGUGCGAGCUUGAGCACGCUGCCGCUGGAGGUUGGGGCUAUGAUUGUGAGCAUUUACGCCCAAACUGCCGCGCGAGCCGCGGCCGGUCCAGCUGCCAUGGCCAUUCAAGCAAAGGCUGCUCCGCUUCAAUCCAAAGCUGCUGCGCUUCGUCCAUCGUGGAUGACCAGGACUGUGGCCCAAAAGGCUUACGCAACUACUGGUAUUGAAAACCGUGUGGGUGGUAUUAUCAAUGGCUCUAGAGGUCCUAUUGGGAGGUCCCAGAUAAAUCUAGCAGCGCCAGAAAUAGCUGGAAGCGACCCCGUUUCUAUCGAUGUCGGUCCUCAGCCACCGUUUCCUAUGACAUUCAAAGCUCGCUGUCAACCCGAUCAAAUAUCGUACAACGACAACCCUGAGAAUAUACCGAGAUUGAGCUUAAUUAAAAUGCCCGACUGGGUGACAGAGCAGUUACGGGGCUAUUUCUUCGGCUGGGCUCGAUUUGACACUGGGCCAAACAAAGGUCCUUCGGCUGAUGACUGGUGCCCAGCUAUCUUGUCUGUGCGGGUAUUGGAUCCCCUCCAGGCGACGAGAGUAAAUCUGGCUCAAAUAUCAAAACGCGUGGUUGCGCUGCGCCUCCUCGAGGACGUCCCUAUCCAAACUAGCAAGGUCGAGAUUCGUAUUUUGGGAUACCUUCGCGCCGAAAUCCCACCACCCACUGGGACCACGAGCAAAGAGCUCGCUGACGCGCAAGCAGCAGCUGCAGAGGCGGCUCUGCUCGCUGAUGUAUAUGACGCAUCAGCUGUGCAGGAUACUCUGGCUCAUCCUGCAUGGGCCGCGGAAAAUCCGGCGAUCUCAGAUCCUCAGCAAAACUCGAGUUGGAUUGAUCGCACUGUAGAGGGAUAUACCAAUAUCAUCAGCCGUGGGCAGAAGUUAGUAGAACAAGUUCCACUACACCUAGUUGGAGUUCGGUCUGUCGCAGAUGAACUUAGAGAGAGCCAAGUUGCCGUGAAUGGGUUUUAUAUCGUCCGCUAA